CGAACGGCAAAUGGUAUUACCAAUUGAUAUAAUGGGUUUCGUGCUAGCGGGCACUUACACAGCGUUGGGUGUUGUGAGGGCCUUGGAUAAUGAUUCCAUAAUUCAAUUGGGCUCCAGCGUUGUGGUUGGUGGUGUGUUAGGCUAUGGUGCAUAUUUAAAUUCAAGAAAUCCACCACGACCAUUAUUUCAACUAUCUACCGAAUUUAUGUUGGCCGGCAUAAUGGGUACACGUUACACAUAUACAAAAGAUGUGAAUGACGGUGCAUUAUUUAUAGCCACAGCUGCGGCAGCUAUUUACAAUACCAUUACGUAUGGUGAUUACUUAGAAACGCAAAUUGAUUUCGAUGACUUUUUAGGAAGAAUACCCACAAGGAGUGUAAUAAUUAAGAUACCAGAUAUAAAGAAAUUUGAAUGAAUUUUCCAAAUGUGAUAUUUGUUUUUUUUUUUUUUGAAUUUA